CUGGGAGAAACCUAUGUAAGAGUAGCAGGAGGGUGUGGGCCUUUUAGGGUGUGGGGUCUUGUCAUGGAAGACAUGACAGAGAUUGUCCCUGGGUAGAGCUGAACAAAAACAUAUUAAAGGGUUGGCAUUUCCCAACACCCUUGGAAAUAAAAACUUUUGCUCCAGAAGCUGGAGAACCUCAGCUACUCUUAAGUCAGUUUCCCCCCAGGUUGUUGAUUGCACCAUCAUCAGGCCUAGACUGCCAAGGCUUCUCUUCCCUCUCUCUCACGAGGUCAGUUGCAUAACCUGUAGGAAAAUGCCAGAAUGAAAUUGCCCAAACCUAUUAUUGAACCCUAAUUAACUCUAGCCACACCUUUCCAAGCAACGCAGAUGAACAUGGAAGAGGAGCGACAGUAGCUGCUGCCAUUGCCUAGAUACCUUCAGUAGCAGCUGAUACCUCGUGGGGUCCACGAAGGGGACUGUGUAGUCCACAUCAAACAGCCCUUCCUCUUGAGUAUGGAGUUGCUCCUGGCCCAGGAGCAGAAAAUGCCGGAUCUGGUUAUACCUUGGCAAGGUCCUUAAACUGUAGGGAAAUGGCCAUAUGCUUCUGCUUGAUGAUCUGCUUUUCUUGGAUGCCAUUUUUCACUUCAGCUGCGUUACUGGCAGCCCCUCAGAAUAUUACAAUUCUGUCCACCAAUAUGAAGCACUUUCUGCUUUGGAGCCCAGUUACAGAGAUUGUGCCUGGCGAGGUCAUAAAAUAUUCGGUCGAGUUUCAAGGGGAAUAUGAGAGAGACUAUGCCAAUGACAGCUGGAUUCCCAUUGCAGAAUGUACAGAUGUUAGUGUUACUCAGUGUGAUAUCACAGAAGACAUAUCUGCUACAGUGCCAUAUAAUCUCCGUGUUAGAGCAUCUAUGGGGACACAGGUCUCCCCGUGGGCCACUCUCAAUAGCUUCUUCAAUCGUAUAACAACAUCCCUCAUUCCGCCAAUAUUGACUGUCAUUGCUGAUGGAUAUCACUUGCUUGCAGAAUUAGAGCAUCUAGGGCCUGUGUUUGAAUUCUGGAUACUUUACUGGGAGAAGGGCCCAGAGCCUACAGUUUACCGCAAAGUGGUGAGAGAAAGCACCACCACGGUGCACCUGGAAACCAUGGAGGCUGGAGCUGAAUAUUGUGUUAAAGCUCAGACCUACGUCGAGGCUAUCAACAGGAGCAGCAAUUUCAGUGAGGUGCAGUGCGUGAUGCCAGAAGAUGGCAAAGCCAUACUGUUGAGCUUUGCCCCACUCUUCCUGGUUAUUUUUUUUGUGGCUGUUUUGGUCCUGCCUUUCCUUGCUUGGAAAACAUGCCGGAUCUGCCAGUAUUCCUUCUGCCCAGAUGAGGUCCUUCCAGACACUUUGAAGCUAACAGCCUCACCUACUAAGAUACUAAAGGACAAGGGAGAAGAGAUGGAGAAAUGUGAUGAAUCAGUACAAGUGUUGCCUUCUGAAGAGAUUCUGCUUCAUUUUUGGAUCCAUGAAACUCUUUAAUAUCACUCUGAAGACACGAAUGGCAAACUGAGAUUACCAGUCUUGCCCUUCUUCUUGACCUCUCCUCAGGCACAUGCAGGUUUUCUGUUGAGGACAGAUUGCACCAAGAGGGGAACCAAAAUACGUUUGGUAUAAGGGAGAAGUUCCACCAGCCUGUGCUGCCUGUACCCAACAUUUUAGAGGAAGAUUGGAGUUGACUUCUCUGCCCUUACUUGACAGAGAAGUGUAGCCAAGCUGCGGAGUAAAAAGAAAACAGACCAUCUUCACAACCGCUUACUGUACUACUGUCUGUUUAAUUGGGAUUUAAGGAUCUUGAGCUGAUUCCAUUCCACUAUAUUUUUGUUGGUUCCUUAGAAAGGUAAUAUUGGGCAGAGGCGUAAGUCCAAGUCAGUUUUGCAGAUCAUGCCUGCAAGCGAGGAGGAACGGGGAGAAAUACUGGGAAGUAUUCUUAGUAGUAGAGUACACUCCUCUGUAAGAAAGCAAGUUGCAUGAAAUGGGUCUUUAUGGGAUUAUUUAUUAUCAUCCUUGUGGGCUUUAGCCCCAGGCCCUCAAGUAUUCAGAAAGUAAUGGUGAUCUAGAUUUCCACUAGAUCUCCACUGAUACAGAAAGGCAAUCAACAAGAGCCUGAAACUCAGAAGUUUGGAUUGAGCUUCAGGGGGUUGUUCAGAGAGAAAUCAAUUGUUCAAAGGAAGGCUCAGUCCAUAAUCAUUCCUAGACACUGUGACCUACUCUAACUAUUCAUUGUAAUAUUGUCAUUCCAUGUAUGGCUGCAAGUCAGCUCACUAAGAAAAGGUCCUUUUUUCAUGUAUGAGUUCUAGAAUCAAAUACAGAACACAUCAACUCA